CUUCACAGCGAAUCGUUGCGCUGCUGAGGAAUUUUUGAUUCACGUAAAUGAAGUGAUUUUUUGUUCUAGUUUAUUGUUUGUGAUCAAAAUGCGAAUCGUGAGACUUUUCGCUGUCUUUGGAAUUGCUUAUUAUGGAAGGAUCGAAUGUGCCGAACAGACCAAAACGUUUCCCGGUGCAGAGACAGUAAUACCCGCGGUCAUAGGUCAGGUGCUGCCAGGAAUCAUAGGAGUAAUUACUGGCGGUGGCGGUGGAUCCAUAAUUCCUCCGGUGUCAAUCUCUCACUCAACAUCGGUGGCCACCUCAGUGGCCAAUAAACCGAUCGCUGUGAGCCACAGCGGAUCGAUUUCAACGAGUGCCAAUACUAGCGCGGGUUCUCAUGCCUCAGUGGGACACGGUUCGACGGUGUCGGCAUCGAGCAGUACCGGAACUUCAGCGUUCCGAAGUCUGUCCAGUAGGUGGCGAAAGUUUUUUAAGAACAUCACAUGAUUAUUAUCCGUUAUUACGUGACUUCAAGUGAACCAAAGAUAACUCAUAAAAACUGUCAAACGCGUCAUAUUGUAACUAACAAUAAAACGUGAUUAAGAUGAAAUAUUUAAUAACCACAGUAAGGAAAGAAUUAGUGAUGAUAAAAGUCAUCCAUUUGAAUGAGAGGCGGGAAUUCUUUUUAAGUGACCAAACUGAAACAAACAAUUGAUCUGGAAAUUCCCACUGAUAAAAUACAGGUUCUGUUGUAUAUUAACUUGGUUCGUUGGUGAAUAAAUCAAAUAAAGAGGACAGAGAAACAAAGUGAAUUAGAUUUAGAUAUCGUAAAGGUAUGAGUAACUGGCAUUCAUCUGCAUUACUCUUAAGCCAAACGUGACUGAAACUUUUCAGAGAAACUGUAGU